UGUGGAAAACGUACUAAAGGAGACUGGAAGAAGACUAUCUUUAGCAUCUAUUUGUUUCAUUGAUAGGUGGCAUAAACGUGACAGCGAAACGCGGUUUGACAGUAUGUCAAAGAGCAACACUUGUGCAAUUUGUACAUUCCAAUAAUUAGAAUAAACUUAGGAUAAAGGUGAUAAAAUGUCGAGUGAAACAGAUAAUUUCGACGAUGAUAGCGAGACGCGAUUACCUCAAGAUCCUAGAGACGAUGUGGUUCAAGAGGUACUGAAGACUGGCACGGAUUUACGGCAAUAUUCGAGACAAAUCGAAAAAGAAUUAAAGGAGGUUGAGAAUAAAUCUAUACAGGAUUACAUAAAGGAGAGUGAAAAUAUUGCCAGUCUUCAUAAUCAAAUCGCAGCUUGCGAUAAUAUUCUGGAGAAAAUGGAAUCGAUGUUGAUGAGCUUUCAACAAGACUUAGGUAGCAUUAGUUCAGAGAUACUGUACCUUCAACGCAAGUCUGUAGCAAUGAGUCAACAGCUGUCUAAUAGACAAAUAAUUAGAGGACCCUUGAGCCAGUUCAUAGAAGAUAUGACAGUAUCGGAAGCUCUCAUCGUAGGAAUCAUGGACUGUCCUGUGACUGAGAAAGAAUUUCUAACUCAACUGCAGACACUGAACCACAAAAUAAAUUUUGUAAAGGAACAAAGUUUUAAAGAGGCAAAGUCAUGCUUGGACGUGAAGGAUAUAUUAGAGAAGCUGAAAGUAAAAGCACUUGCUAAAAUCAGAACAUAUCUUCUAGAACAGAUCUAUAAGUUCAGGAAACCAAUGACUAAUUAUCAAGUGCCACAGAACAAUAUGUUGAAGUAUAAAUUCUUCUUCGAAUUUAUUCUGGCGAAUGAAAGGAAUGUGGCAGAAGAGAUUUGCGGAGAAUACAUCAGUACGAUGAGUAAAAUAUAUUAUUCGUACUUUAAAUCGUAUUCUUCGAGACUAAUGAAACUGCAGUUUGAAGAAGGAGCUACUAAGGACGAUCUAAUGGGGUUUGAAGACACAGCAGGAAGAAGCAUUUUUCAUAAGACUACGUUAAAGCAUAGGGGCACAGUGUUCUCCAUAGGGAGCAGAGGAGAUGUGUUAACGUCUCAGUUAGAAACACCUAUCAUAGUACCUCAUACUGCAUCCAAAACGAGAUACCACUAUGAGGCUUUGUUCAGAAGCGAACAGUACGCUCUUGUAGAUAACGCAUGUAGAGAGUAUUUAUUCUUAACAGAAUUCUUUAAAGUGCGCGGCGCGCAAGCAAUGGAUAUUUUUAAUCAGGUAAUGAAGAAAACGUUGAAUCUCAUGGUUAAAAAUCUGCAAUCCUUCGUGGAAGAUUGUUACGAUACCAUUGCUCUAUUCCUCUGCUUGCAUUUAGUAAUGCGCUACCGUCUAACUUGUCACAAAAGAGCAGUGCCAGCUUUAGACAAAUAUUGGGACAAUAUGACGUCUGUAAUUUGGCCUAGAUUCGAUUAUGUUUUUCAACUAAAUAUUCAGAGUAUUAAACAGUGUGACCCGUUGAAGCUCACACAAGAAACGGGACCCCAUUAUAUUACUCGAAGAUAUGCUGAAUUUAGCGCUGCGAUGGUUAGCAUAGUCGAAGGAUUUCCUUGCGAAGGAGCUACUCAGUUAUUAGCUGAACUAAGGGAAGCUGUUCAGUGUUUUCUGCUACGAAUGGCAGCCACCUUUUCUAGUAGAAUUCAACAACUAGUCUUUCUUAUUAAUAAUUACGAUUUAGUUCUCGGCGUGUUAAUGGAAAGAACGCGGGAUAAUUCGAAGGAAGCCGAGAGUUUCCGAGAUCAACUGAAUGCGCGAUCUUCGGAAUACGUCGAGGAAAUUCUGAGUCCACACUUUGGUGGUAUGAUACAGUUCGUAAAGGAAUCCGAAGUAAUGAUCGAGAAGGGACAAACCGAGGAUUCGAAAAGACAGGAGGGGAAGGCGUUGGCUCUGGUGCAAUCUUUUACCAAUAAUUGGAAACAGGCGUUAGAAGAGAUUAAUCAAGAAGUAUUAAAAUCGUUUCCUAGUUUGGUACUCGGCACGGCACUGGUGCAACGUGCAAUGACGCAGUUAGUGCAAUACUAUCACAGAUUUCAUAAAAUCUUACCACCAAACGCCCGUACACAAUUGACCAAUUUUCAUCAUAUAAUGGUCGAGAUGAAGAAAUAUAAAGCGACUUAUUAAAAGGCGAAGGGAUUUAGUUACGAGCUGGAAUAGUACUAAUGAUAAUUAAGUCUAGUUAAUAUAAAUUGUAAAUAUUAUAUAUGGAAAAGUAAUUUACAUCUUAUUUAUAAAUUAUCUUUGCAAAAAU